AUGUGGACCCUUCGAUUAGCGCUGUGCUCUAUGGUUAAGUCGAUAACGCACGACGAAGUGCUGUUCGGAAUCUAUCUGUCGUUUACAUGUUUUGUUUCGCACCGCAUGCUUUGCCGUCUCGAAACAUCGGCAUUUAGUGGUCGGACACUAAGUAUUUUGAAGAAUGUUGUGUUUUUCAUGUACGUUUUGGGCAUAAGCUUUGCUGUGUCUAUGUCUAAAAAGUACGUAGACCUGUUCUACUGCGAAAGACUGUACUCUUUGGAUCAAGACGCGAUGUGUCCUUGGAUGAUACCAGAAUGGAAUGUCGAGCGAACGUCCCUUUGCCCCAUCGACCGAAUGACCAUUCAAGAUCUUAGUCUGCCACUUCCACGAUGGACAGCCUUGAUGACAAUAAUCACUUCAAUCGCAGUGUACCUGUUUUCGGCGUACUUUCUGGCCAAAGCGUGCAUUAUUAUGCUAUUUUUGGUGAUUAGGAACCUAACAGAAGAUACAGAAGAAGUGAAUCGUGAAUCUGCAUGCCAUUCUCACAGCCCUCCUCCACAAUACGAGUCAAUCACAAAUUAA